UUUUUUCUUUUUUUAAACUGUUUAUUCUGUCAUAUCAUCAUCAUCUGGGUUGUUUGCAUUUUGCCAUUUCCAUAGUCUUUAUUUCAAUAAUACACAUUUGGAAGACGGAUUUAGUAAUGAAAAAUAAUGGACACUAGUAUUCUCAUUAUUAUUCUGUUUGGUAAUUCCAUUAAUUUCUACUUUCUUUCUGCUCUGAUUUGUGAUUUUCUUUGUGGGGUUUCUUUUUUUUAAUGAAUGGAGGGUGCAUUGGGGCAUAACCCCACCUUCGAACCUAAAGCCCAUCUGCUCAUUCAUAAUAGCCAUCUCUUUUGGAUUUCUCAUUUCUUUGUUUUUGGUUUUCUGAAUCUUUUUGUUUAAUGGGGGGUUGUUUGAAAAAUCUGCAACUUUUGAUAUCUGAUUUUGUGUCAGAUAAUGGGUAAAUAGAUAGGGAGAAGAAGAAGAAGGUGAACCUUUUGGCUUUGUCAACUUAGAGGAGACAAUUGUUUAAUACCCAUUAGAUAUCUUUGGGAAUGUCAGGGAAAGGUCCAUAGCUUUGUGCUAGGCCUGAAACUUUCCCUGUGAGAGGAAUUUAUUGCAAUGUCCUAAAAUGGGAGGCUCUUCUCAUCUCCUCUUUUUCUAGCUUCUGUAGAAAAAAGGGUCUGGCAUCUGGGUAGUUAUUUGGGUUCAGGCCCUUGGUUCUCUAAGAGGAAUUCAUGGCUAUGACAGCUUUGCUGUACCAUUUACUUUUUUGGGUCUUUGAAUCUCUACCUUAUUACUGGAAGUUAUUUCAUCUUUUCAGUUACAGUGCUUGUAUGAGUAGAAGGAAUUUUGGAAAAGAUCUUCUUGCUGACUGGAGGAAAAGAAUCAAGAAAGAGGGCUUUCUGUUUUCCCGAAACAAAACUAUUUGUAAAGUUCAUUGGUUGAUGAUAGAAGAGGAAAGAACAGAGGCAGGCUGGGGUAGUAGGAAGGAGUUGACCAUGGCAUCGACUUCUUUUGCUGGCGGGAAGCAAUUGCCAGUGAUUGAAGUGGCUUCUAACUGUGUUCCAUACCCACCACCGCAAACAACGUAUGAAGAUAUCAUAGCCAAUUCGAAGAUCUUUAUGACAGCCUUGGAAAAGCUCCACUCCCUCAUGGGAACUAAGUUCAUGAUCCCCAUUAUUGGUGGGAAAGAACUAGACCUGCAUCGGCUUUUUGUGGAGGUUACUUCUCGUGGUGGAAUUGAGAAGGUUAUAAGAGAGAGAAGAUGGAAAGAAGUAACUUCAGUCUUUAAUUUUCCUUCGACAGCCACCAAUGCUUCUUUUGUGUUGAGGAAGUACUAUAUUUCAUUGCUUCAUCAUUUUGAACAGAUUUACUUCUUUAAAGCCGUAGGAUGGACACCAGUAACUUCUGAUUCCUCUCCAUGCCCAAGUGCAUCGGCAAUUCCUACACAAGGGGUGACUUCUAUGUUGCCGCCAUCCGAUAAUCAGGCAGCAUCCCACCAACCACAGAGCACAGCAACUGAACUUCCAGCAGUUUCUCCGAGUUCGACAUCACCAGUGGGAGGGUUUCCAGUGAUUGGAGUAAUUGACGGAAAAUUUGAUAGCGGAUAUCUUGUUACCGUUACUGUAGGAACGGAGAAGCUAAAAGGCGUGCUUUAUCAGGCUCCUGAGCAACCUUCUCAGCCACAAGUGUUGCAGCCUGUUGGUGCUUUUGCCAAAGAUGGUUCCACCCCCACCACACCAAAUGCUCAUCGCCGUCGUCGUCGGAAGAAAUCUGAGAUAAAGCGAAGGGAUCCUGCUCAUCCAAAGCCAAACAGAAGUGGCUACAACUUCUUUUUUGCUGAGCAGCAUGCCAGACUCAAACCAUUAUACCCAGGGAAGGACAGGGAAAUAAGCAGAAUGAUUGGCGAUCUUUGGAAUAAACUAAAAGAAUCUGAAAGAACUGUUUAUCAGGAGAAAGCUAUGAAAGAUAAAGAAAGAUACAGAAUCGAGAUGGUGGAUUACAGAGAGAAGCUGAGAACAGGCCAAAUCAUCAGUGAUGCAGUGCCCUUACAGCAGCGUCUUCCGGAGCCAGACCUGAAUAUGGUCUAUGGUGACAAAAAUGAAGAAACUGAGGGCGGCGAGUCUCAAACACCAGAUCAUGAUACAAGCUAUGUGGAAGGCGACUCUGGAGAGUACAAAACAGAAGAGAAGGAGGAGGACGAGGAGGACGACGAAGAGGAUGAAGAGGAUGACUCAGAAGAAGAUGCAUCUCCACAAGGAAUUGGUAAUGUGGACGUCAACAUUUUGGUUGAGGAAGAACAGUGUGAGACAAGAACAACAGGAGUAGAGAAUGUUAGAAAAGAGAGUAGCACAGUUGGUGAUAAGAAAGAAGUUUUGGCUGGGGAUUCGGUAAUGGUGGAGGUGGAGGCAAAGGAAGUACCAGAACCAACAACAGCAGAACCAACAACAGCAGCAGCCAUUAGAGAAGAUUAAGAAGAGAUUAUACUGCUCUCAGUUUUUGCUGUUUCAUAUAUAUUAAUUUAUUUUAAUCUCUAGUUUCCUUCCGUUGCUUCUUCUAACCUUCCAUUACUUUAGGUAAUACUUGUAAAGUUUUUUCUGACAGCUGUUGAGAUUCUUAUCAGGGAAAAGUUUUGGAUCUUUCCAUCAAAAUACUGUUUUGGGAAGAAAUUUUGUUGCCUUUUUGUUGAACAUUUCAACUUGAUUCAUUCCCUGAUUUUUGUUUACAAGUUAAGAUGGCUACCUUCAGUUUUACCAAUUAUGACACCUUUUAGUUUUAA